AUGGCGGGGAUGGAAAACGUAGUUACUUCCCGCUACGUGAAGGAGCUUGUUGAAGAGCAAGGCAAAACACAAAAAGAAGUAGCUGAUAUUUUAAGACAACAGCAUCCGGGAGUGAAUGGACUAUCUGAGAGGAGUGUCAGGCGAUUUUGUGCUACGAAUGGCAUACGGCGUUAUGAUUCUCGUGUGACUGGUGUUGAUGUUCACAAUGUGGUUACAUCUGCGAUUGCUGAGGUGAUUGUAGCUUCCCUUUAUAAUAUUAGAUUCAGCUAGUGGUAAUAUCGUAGCAUACCUCUGCCAGUUGCAAAUUGUCUUAUUAGUCUUCCGUCUGCAGCCGUCAUUAGGGCCAACGGGUUACUCUCUUUCCCGAAUUAUAUAUUUUAUUAAACAGAGAGAAGUGUUGAGUGACGACUCAAACUUCAAUGCUUGCCAGUGCGUAGGAAACCCAGGGGGGGCACUUAUCGGAAGUUUCGGUAGGGGUGUGCCGCUGAGGCUUUCAAACCCUAUUUACGACAACAACCAUCCAUUCCGAUACUCUGUUUAAUACAAGAGACCAUUUUCAUAACCCUUAAGAUUAUUUAUUUCUAUACGUCUACAGAAUUAGUAUUUUUAUUUGUGAAAAAAUAACAUGAUAGGACUAGAUUUCUUAAGAAAAUAUGUUGUUGCCAUCCAUUGACUGCACAAUGCCAGCAAUCAUCCCCUGUUCAAGGCCUCCGGUUCAGAAAGACACCCUGUUCAGGACCUAGAAAAGUGAAAUUGUAUACCCAUUAUAAGAAUCAAUAUCACGAAAACUAUGCCCUGUCCAGCGGCACAUGCCCUUUAGGCCGAAUAAAGGAGUUCCCCUCCGGGGGGAGGAGACACGUUAUUGUACGUGAAAUGCACGCGUUUGUCAAUUUCAUUUAAGUGGUUAUAUUAAUUCAUAUCUAAUUUAAGAGCCUCAUCAUCCACACCCAAAUAUUUCAUUUCCUAGCGGCGAUUUCCUAAUAAAGGCAAAAUUCCUUAUAUUUCUGAAAGGUUGGUGCUACAUACGGUAGGAAGAUGAUGACUGGCCACAUCAAGUAUUCCACAGGCUUGCGACUAGGAGUAAACAGAGUGGGGCAGGCACUUAAACGCGUUAAUCCACGCCAGCACCAUGAACGACAGACAUCCAUUACCCGCCACUUAAACCCUGUUCCAUACUAUGCCGAAUACUUUGGACACAAGCUCCAUCUUGAUCAAAACGAAAAGCUUAUUCGUUAUGGCGUGACAGAGGUUAUAGCAGUAGAUGGCUAUAGCUCCUUUAUAACUGCUACAUCGGUAAUGCCAUUGAAAAAUAAUAUCACCAUCUACAGGGAUGUGUUCAGGUUAGCUCCGACAUGAAAUAUAUAUUAUUUGCCGUGCACAUUUUUCAGGUAUAAAAAACUCUCAAAACUUCUCACUUGAAUUAAAAGGUACAAUUUAAUGAUACUCGUCAUCCACUUGUUCUAUUACUAGGGAAACCAUACUACGUCAUGGUUUGUUUGACCAAGUGAGAGUGGACCAUGGGAGAGAAUUUUAUCUAGUGCUGACCGUUCAGGAUCACUUAAAGGAGUUACGAAAUAAUACAUCUAGACAGCCAUACAUACAAACACAGUCAAAGCAGGUACGUGGUAAUAUAGAGGGAAGGAGAAAUGAACCGGUUAUUUUCUAUAGUGAUCGGUCGGCGUGGACCUGAAAAACCAAAUUUUCGCGGGUUUUCUGAAAUAAGGUGUUAAAGAAGAUAUAACUCCUUAAGAGCAGGUUGAAAACCUGACGCUUUCAGUGCUAGCACGUCGUCAACAAUAGCUUCAGGCUGCAAGUCCUCCGCCAUGCAUCCCUCUUUCCAUACUUAAACGGCAACUGAUUCUGCAUUCUCGUCCCCAGACCCUCCUGAGGGCCUCAGCACGAAGACCAGGAGGGUCUGUGACCCAGCAUUUGAAGUCCUAGAUUUUAGGACUUCCGGUUAUUUCCGAUUCAAAAGUAAGUUACAGGAUUCUCUUUUAAAAGCUUUGAAUCACCUAAAUUAACAGUCAUUGGCACUUCGGCAGGAGCAAGCGAACGCUAUUAGAAACGUUGUAAAAAAUCAGAAAUGACCGGAAGCCCUAAAAUCUAGGACUUCAGAGCCUCCUGAUCCUCGUGCUCUGGUCCCCAGGAGUCUUUGGCGAGUCUAGUAUUGAUAAGCUGAUAAGUAUUUGUUCUGCUUUUAUAUUUCUGAAUUAAAGAACCAUGCUGUGGAACGGCUCUGGGUAGAGGUUAACUGUCGCACAAACUAUCCUAUAAAGAGAGCACUCGUUCAAAUGGAAAACGAUGGUGUCAUUGAUAUAGAGGAUGAAGUAACAAAGUUCUGUGUCUCUUGGGUGGCGAAGAAAGUAGUGGAAGUAGGACUGAGCUACGUGGUCAACUCAUGGAAUUCACACCCCAUUCCAGGUAAGGAGUCCUAGUGUUAAAAAAAAUAUAUAGCAAUAAAAAAAAUAGGAAUAUUAAACGGACUAAAAUAUGUAGUGUUCCAUUGGAUGAAACGCACGUUCGCGUAUGGCUCAGCUAUUGCUGUAAGUCGUUCGACUAUUUCAAUCGGUUGGCAAGUGAGUUGCCAAGGGAAAACCCAUUGAUACACGGGACAUUUUUAUAACCCGCGUGGGGAAUUCUCCCUAAAAUGAAUUAAGGAUAACCCUUCCGGAUUAGUCAUACUAUUUUUUCAAAAAGUAGAAUAGAAACGUGAAUGCGAUUGUCUAUAGAUCUCUAACCGCAGAGACUUCCCUUAAAGCGCAUAGCUAAUUUAUGUAUCUCGACAGUUUAGUCCAGAAGAAUAGUCGCUCAGAUCUGUAACUGACACCAACUUACUUUAAAAUUGUGCAGGUAAAGGUGUUCCACUACAACGACGAUCUACUAACAACAAGGCCGCUCCAGUUGACGGCAAUGCAGUACCAACAGUCGAAUUAGCUGUGCAGAUGUUUCGCGGAGAUCUGACUCAAGAACACUUCUUUGGAAGGGAUCCUUUGGCGGCCAAUAUUUCAAAAGCAGAUGCUAGAGAAAGAGAGUUCACAAAAUACUUUCCGAGUUUCAAAGUAUUGUUUAAUGAAAUUGCCAAUACGAACUAUAACCCUUUCCAAGAUGCUGUACUGUACUUUUUGAGGCUCACACAUUAUCUCGCUCGCGCUUGA